CCUUUCUGUUUGUGAGGCUGUCUCCUGCCCUGUGAUGGUCUCUCCCGGAAGUGCCGCCAUCUUGCGAAACCGGCCUGAGGCGGAGGGAGCCAAGCGGGGCGCGGGCGGAUCCCCCGGGGCAGACGAGGGCGGCGGCCGCCAGGAGGAGCCCGGGAAGGGCAGGGAGCGGGAAGCGCGCAGCUGACGGACAGUGAUCUAGCAUUAGUGGUUUGUGGUAAACAGAGAAGUGAUGGCUGCUUUUAAAUUGGAUUUCCUCCCAGAAAUGAUGGUGGAUCAUUGCUCCUUGAAUGCCAGCCCUAUCUCAAAGAAAAUGAAUGGCACACUAGAUCAUCCUGACCAACCAGACAUUGAUGCCAUCAAGAUGUUUGUGGGUCAGGUCCCACGGAGUUGGUCUGAAAAAGACCUGCGAGAACUAUUUGAACAGUAUGGUGCUGUCUAUGAAAUUAAUGUCCUGCGGGACAGGAGCCAAAACCCUCCUCAGAGCAAAGGGUGCUGUUUUGUUACAUUUUAUACCCGUAAAGCUGCACUAGAAGCACAGAAUGCUCUUCAUAACAUGAAGAUUCUCCCAGGGAUGCACCAUCCCAUCCAAAUGAAGCCAGCUGACAGUGAAAAGAAUAAUGCGGUGGAAGAUAGGAAACUGUUCAUUGGGAUGAUCUCAAAGAAGUGCAAUGAAAAUGAUAUCAGAGUGAUGUUUUCCUCCUUUGGGCAGAUUGAAGAAUGUAGAAUUCUACGGGGUCCUGAUGGUCUAAGCCGAGGUUGUGCUUUUGUGACUUUUACAACAAGAGCUAUGGCACAAACGGCAAUUAAAGCAAUGCACCAAGCACAGACCAUGGAGGGGUGCUCCUCUCCCAUCGUAGUGAAAUUUGCAGAUACCCAGAAGGACAAAGAACAGAAACGAAUUGCACAACAGCUACAGCAGCAGAUGCAACAAAUCAGUGCUGCCUCAGUUUGGGGAAAUUUGGCUGGACUGAACACACUUGGACCCCAGUACUUAGCACUUUAUUUACAGCUCCUUCAGCAGACAGCAGCUGCCUCCUCUGGGAAUCUGAAUACACUGGGCAGCCUCCACCCAAUGGGAGGACUGAAUGCAAUGCAGUUACAGAACCUAGCUGCAUUAGCAGCUGCAGCCAGCGCAGCUCAGAGCACACCAAGUGGUACCAGUGCACUCAAUUCUUCUAACAGCCCUCUAAGUGUGCUCACCAGUUCAGUAGACUACAAUCCAGUCACGCAAAAGGUCAGAUGUUUCGACACAUGCAUCUCUCCAUCCAGUCAAGCAAGAGCAGGGUCAUCACCCAGUUCUAGUAGCAGCUCCUCUGUUAACCCAAUGGCUUCUCUUGGAGCACUGCAAACACUGGCAGGAGCUACUGCAGGCCUCAACGUUGGCUCCUUAGCAGGAAUGGCAGCCUUAAAUGGUGGACUAGGCAGUGGUGGUCUCUCCAAUGGCACAGGGAGCACUAUGGAGGCCCUAACUCAAGCUUACUCCGGGAUCCAGCAAUACGCUGCCGCUGCGUUGCCCACACUUUACAACCAGAGUCUGUUAACGCAGCAGAGUAUUGGUGCAGCAGGAAGUCAAAAGGAAGGUCCAGAGGGAGCCAAUCUAUUCAUCUAUCACCUCCCCCAGGAGUUUGGGGACCAAGAUCUGCUGCAGAUGUUCAUGCCUUUUGGGAAUGUCGUCUCUGCCAAGGUUUUCAUUGACAAGCAGACCAAUUUGAGCAAAUGUUUUGGUUUUGUAAGUUACGACAAUCCAGUCUCUGCACAGGCUGCCAUUCAGUCAAUGAAUGGAUUUCAGAUUGGCAUGAAGCGACUGAAAGUACAGCUCAAGCGCUCCAAGAAUGACAGCAAGCCAUACUGAGCGCCCCUCCCCUCUGGAACUGGAGUGAGAAGGAUCUUCUGAUUCCUGCCGUUUGUUCAUCGUUGUGCCUAAAGCAUGUCGAUGUGGCGUUCAAGUACAUCGUCCAAAUCCUUGUCUCUUCAGCUUCUCUGAUGCUUGAACUCUCACCUUUGACCUUGUGUUGACUUUUGAUGCUGAUGUGUAUUUUUAUUAUAUUUGUUUCUUUUCUUUCUUUUUUUCCUUUUUUUGUGCUGCCAAAUUGGUUUUGCUAGAAAGACUGCUGAAGGGGAAUAUUUAAACUUGCAUUUGAAUAUAAAAGAAUUCUAUUUUUCUAGAACUUCGUAAGAUAACCACUUGAUUUUGUGAUUCUGAUUCUUUGUAAUUGUCUUCAGAGCAGCCUUGCUAGCAUACCUCGUGGAGUAUUGUAUUUCUGUGAACAUACAGCCAAUCACUUUCUAGGCUUAGUUUUUUCUGUGUGCUUAGUUUUAAAACAAAUCUUUGAAGGAAAAAGUAAAAUGAUGCAACUUUAAAAAUUCAGGAGGCUUUUGAUCACAUUUUGCUGAAUCUACUUUCUGUGCUUGAGGAGACAGCAUGUAUUCUUUGACUUGAGUAGUCUCAGCAGAAAACACUUGAACUACGCUUUCUCCUGAUUGUAGCUGCAUUUUUGCCCUGGCACUUACUGUUUUUUCCUUCCUGUGUGAUUUAUCAGCCUUUGUCUGCAGUGAAAGUUUAAUCAAAGUUGAUGUUGUAUUUUGUUAACACCCUAGCAUGCUUAGUUUUUUGUAACUACAAUCUCCUCAGCAAAAUGUGAGAUUUUGUUUUUUUCCUUUAAAAACUCAAAUAAUGCCCUUGUAAAUGUUUUGCAUGUUUCCUGCUGUGUUCUUCACAACCUUGUGUAUAUAAACACCCUUCACCUCUGUUUUCUAUAGUUUGUGCAAAAACGGAGUAAUUUAAGUUUCAAAUCUAUCCUUCUUUGGAUGCCAGACUUGUGGUCAUAUGUCACGUGAUGACAUCUCCUGUGCAUUUAGACUGCUUUACACAGUAUCUGCACCUUGCUGUAUCAUCACAGCUAUGGAAGGGUCUCAGGGGGCUUGAUUGCACUGUUCGGUGGUGGUGGCAGUAGCAGGGAUAGAAGAAAGGUGUGGGAUGUUUGCAGUAAUAUUGCUUCUAAGUUCCAUUUGAGCAAAAGCUCUUUUGGGGUAGCCUUAAUUUGUACCUCUUGUUUGAUAUGUGGCUUGCUUUGUGAGGUUCAGCACUAUUCAAUCUUGGUGGAUGGAAGCUUGAUUGCUCUCCAGUCUUUACACUUGAAGUAUCAUGUCCUGCAUAUCCCAUAGAAGGAAUCUGUAAGUCUAGGCACAGAACUGCUGGCUCUUUCCCCAAGUGACAAGCACAAUAUAACAGUCUAAUAACUGUUACCUGAACAGGGUACCAACCCCGGCUCCUUUUCUCAGGGGCCUUAGCUGGGGGAUCUCCUCUAUAGAGAUAUUUUUUUAAGUUCUUAAGUUGGGUAAGGAGUCAUGCAGUUUUUCUUUUUUCCCCUUGUUUCUGGCCUGAUGAAGAGAUAGCGCAGAUUAUCCUUCUCUGGGAAGCAUGUUUCAGCCUUGCUGCACAUACAACCUACUGUAGAAGCUGAGACUUAAUACUGGGUUUCAGAGCACCUACAAGAAAAUCCUGUGGUAGGUGCAUAAUCACAAGGGACAAAGGGGUGGGAAAGCUAUACCGGAAUUUUUGACAGGAGGAAGGUAUGUGAGAAAAACUUCAGAGAGUAGGGAUGUGUGGGAUACCUAAUCUCUAGGCCAAAUGGAGUGUUCCGUUGUUUGGGACAAAAGAAAUCCUGCUCCAUUGUUGGGUGGGUAAUAUUUCUCCAUGCUUGUUAGAUAAAUAUGCAUAGGUAGCUGUUCCCUCAACCUUGUGAUCAUCAUCUUUUGAGGGUGGGAGUUGCUUGCAAAGAGAUGGCUGCGAUAUCUGGGUUUACAGCUGUGGUGUGGUUGCUCUAAGGCUCUCAGUCGCAAUGCACAGGGAUGUCUGAUAGCAGGGAAUGUGAGACCCUGCAGUGUAUUGAUUAAUUUUGCCAAUACAUUUCUUUACAAUGUGCAUACAGUUUCAUGAGGAACUCUGGGGAAUCCUGUGGAAAAAAAAUCUCUGGAGAAAACCAAAAUGCCAAACAUUGGAUGUUCCUUUUCUUUCUUCUUUCCUUUCUUUGGUUGUUUUAAUUAUUCUGUGGUGGUUUUAAUGGAUUUGAGACAGUAAAGCAGCAGCUGCCUUUUAUUUCUGGCUGCUUUUUGUGAAUAAUUUAAGAAAAAAAUUACAUUUUGGAAAUAAACCUGUGGGCUUUUUUAUUGGUACAAACAUUGUAUUUAACACUAGGGGUUUUGUACAGUUUUUUGCCUUUUCUACUAGAAAACAAUGUAAAGUGAUUCACAAAUGUGACAAGAAAACAAAUUGCCACUAUGACCAAAUGUAGAGCUGUUCUGCAGUAACAGGAUUUAAUCAACUCAAGUCGUGAUUCUGUUGUAGCAAUGCUUUUCUUUACCUUGUUUGAGCUGUUCCUUUUUUCUUGUUUGAUUUGCAAAACAAAAUGUCUUUUUUGUGUGAAAUUGUGUUGUACUCUGUAGAAGAUUAUGGAUUUUACUUUAAUGGUUUAAAAACAGAAGCACAUGUUGCUUUUCUGAUCACGGAGUUUGUGUAGUGGAUUUAAAAAUGAAAGUUUUGUUAAGUUUGGAGUAUGUAUUAAGGAAUUUUCUUCGUUUUGUGUGUGGUUUCUUUUUGUCCCACUGGGGAACUUAAAGCUGUUUUAAUUGCACAGACACACAGACAAGAAGUCAUUUUGUAUAUGCCAAGUGUGGUACCUCCCUUUGUUUAUUUGCUAUUAAACUGUUUGAGAAGAA